AUGAAGACUUACCGGUCCACACUCAGAACAAUGAGGCUCAUCAUCCUUGUGUGCCAGCUAAGCCUCUUUAUGAGGACCGAUGCCCAGGUACCAGAAGACUGUGCUCUUAGCGAAACAAACAGACCUCCAGAAAACACGGACAUCACUGUGGUAUGCGGCACUCAGUUUAUGGACCUGAGCAUCUACAUUUGUCCAGUGUACCAAGCACUUUACAAUGAGUCUCUGAUGGUCCUCAAUAAUCAGAUAGACACACCUGAGUGUUACGGGACUGCCGACUGGAGCGUGACCCCACCGGUCUUAAAAUUCAGAUUCCCAAUGAACGAAAGUUCAGUUUUAUCCUGCAACAAUAACUUUAAGAUAAUCGAUCAGGUUGGAACUGGAGAGUUUUCUGACUUCUCCAAAGUCCAGUAUGUCAACAUCUCCGGCACUAUAAACUCAGUAGACCCCUCUGCAGGUAUGAUCACCUAUCUCCCGCAGAUCCUAUACAAGUUCUCCUGCUACUACCCGAUGCAGUAUCUCCUGAACAACACCCAACUGAGCGUAUCAGGUUCGAGUCUUGCCAUAAAAGACAACAAUGGUAGUUUCAUCAGCACACUGAGUAUGCAGCUCUACAAAGAUCAAAAUUACCUAGAUAUGAUGAGUAUCCCGCAAACAGGACUAAAUCUGAAGACCAAGAUUUAUGUUGCAGUUAAAGCAAACAAUCUAACAGACAGGUUCAACGUCAUGCUAGACAGAUGCUAUGCAACAACAAAUCCAUAUCCCAUGCAGAACACCUAUUAUGAUCUUUUUGUUGGGUGUCAACGUGACGAACAAACUAAGGUGGAGCUCAAUGGAGAGUCCCAGGAAGCACACUUCUCCUUUGAGGCCUUCAGAUUUGUGGAGCAUAAAAACAAGACAGUUUCCACUUUCUACCUGCACUGUGUCACCAGGCUCUGUGAGGCGUCGGCAUGCAGCGGAUUGUUGCCUGACUGUACAAAAACCCGGAUGCAGAGAGCAGUCCAGGAAGUGUUGGCCAAUGCUACCGUCACCUCGCCUGCCAUUGUAGUGGGAAAACAAAUCAGUGGAGAAGCUCAAACUUUCUCAGCUUCUUACGGUACACCAGCUGAGAGUUACAGCAGUCCUGUGGUGGCUGUUAUUGUCUGCAUUGUCGUCCUGACUAUUCUCAUUGUUGCCAUGGCUGUUUACUUUGCAUUGUACAUCAGACAGAGAAAACCAAUCAUCCAGUAACAAACUCUGAUGGAGCAGAGUCCUCCCUGCCAAAAAGCCAGCUUAGUACAUCAUGAUCUACAAAGCAAGGAUGUUAUACACAGAUAUUAAUCUAUGAGAAACAUUAAUCAGAAAUAUCAAACUGUCAUAUUACUGUUCUCAAUUUCACAGCAAUAUAACAUGGGGGUCAACAGUAAUCUAGGCUAGCUUGAUAAUCAUAAUAACUCACAUGGUUUAUGAAUAUGGGGAUGGAGAAUCUGUACUAUAAGUAGAUGUUAGUCUUAAUCAUGUUGUCACAGUCAUAUUGAAGUAUUUAAAGAAUGGUGGUUAAUUCAUAUUUUUGUUAUCAGUUAGAAAUGUUUUGUGUUUGAAUCGUUUUCAUUGAGAUUGAGGAAAAAGUGCUGCUUUGUCAAACAUUAAAAUGUUCACUGUCUCACUCUAUGACUAAACAGACUGAAUGAAAAAAAAAGUGGGUGCAAAUUAUGAAAAAGACAGAUACAAGUCGAGUUGCCUAGGAACAAAUGUAAAUAACAGA